ACGACGCCAUUGUUGUUGUCAGUUUACAGUUACAAAUCACGUCUCUUGUACUGUUUUCUCUUGCCCAUCAUUGUUCUAUUCUCCAUCAUGUUUGCGAAUGUUGCAAGCGUGUUUCACCAAGCACGGGAUGAGGUGAACCGCAUGCAGAGGCACAGCCUGGCUCUCUCCCACCCUGACACUCCCGUCCCCCUUCCAGACCCCACCCAUCGAUUCAACUCCCAUCCGCUAGCAGCCCCACCCGUCACCCUAACUUCUGUUUCCGACCCAUCCCUCCAGUCCUCAGCUGUGUCCCUGGUCUCUGCCGAGUGUGUUGCCAUUGAUCUGGGCGAUCCAGUACACUCCCUCAGGCUGCCUUCAGUGAUUGAGACAAGCAAGCCAGUAGAAAUACCAUCUCCAUGUCAAGACAUUGAUCUAGGCGAUCCCACAACAUCCCAGCAUCCAGUAGAAUCACCACUGCCCUGCAUUGUGAUUGACAUUAGCGACACUGAGCUCCAGGAUACACAGCAAACCCAGUCAUUCGCCGGAUCAUGCUUCUACUCGGUGCUUAAUUUCGUAAAAGGAUUGUUUUCUUUCUUUUAAUAACAAUCCCAACAUAAAUACAGCAAUAGACAGCAGCAGCAAUGGACAUAAAUUGUGAUGUUUUAAAAUAUGAUUUAACAUCUAGGACUAUUUUGGAUAUUUUAAACAUAUGAUUUAUUAAACUUUUGUCCAGUUGUCCCUAUGUGUUUAUUUGAUUAUGUUUGUGUUCUGUUUUCAAUUGGUUUUUUAUAAACUGUUUGUUUCUGUUCACUCAUGCUUUGUCUUUUUUUAUUUUUGUAAUUACAACACCUUCCUAAUAAAGUAACUAUAACUUGAAAUAUACAUUACCUACCAUGUUACCAUAACAACCACUGUGACACCCAAUUAUUCAAAUACAUCAUACACAAAAAAUCCUCGAUUCUUCGAAGAAUCAACACGGCCCCAAAACGCCCUCUGUGGGG